GCCGCUGUGUCCGAGCGUGAUUUGGGUUCGGCUGCUGUGGGCGGCACGGAGUGGCGAACGGAGGUUCCGCAGGGUUAAUUGCUGUUAUUUAAUUUGGUUUCGGGAGAUGGAACCAUCCUGUCGUAAGGAGAAGCCAAAGCCAAAGGAGCCACCCUAUCGAGGGGAUAAAGCCAAACAGAAAUCUGCUUUACAAGAACUCAAACAGAGGCAGCGGGCUGAGAUCUACGCCUUGAACAAAGUAAUGACCGAACUGGAACAACAACAGUUUGAGGCUUUCUGCAAACAGAUGCAGUCGCAGAAUGACUGUGGACAACACUGAUGGCUUGACCCUCUACAGCCCAGAAACAGGCAGAUUUUGUUUCUUAAAACACUAAAUGCAUAUGCAGAGCAACACAUUUAGAAACAAGAAAUUCUGGUCUUUGCUCAUAAGUCAACUUCAAAAUUUAAGGCAAAAAAAAUUAACUUGUCUCAGAUCACAAUUUUUUUUUGGAAGGAGAAUAGAAAACGCGUUAAGUUACUUUGUCUCCACAGAGGGUUGUUAAUCUACAAAUUUCUAUUCCAGUGGAAGCAGGGUUGUUGAAUAUUUUUAAGGCAGAGAUAGAUAGAUAAAUUCUCGAUUGAAUGAGUAUCAAGGUUUGGUAGGUCAGUACAGUUGACACCACAAUGAGAGCGGCUAUGAUCUUGUUGAAUGGCUGAGCUAGUUAAAGGGGUCAAAUGUCUUUUGCCUACUCCUAAUUGACAUGUUCCUUCAAGUUAAUGUAAAGCUAGAGUAGCAAUUGACCGAAGUUGUGCUCCUUAUUUCUGUCUGGUGUUUCGUUUUGCUUCUGUAUGGAUGUGCCAAUACUGGAUGAAGGCUAGCUGGACUUCAGCUGCCAUGUCCUGCUGAAAUAGCCUUCCAUUAGCUUGCUACUCAAGCUAAGUGAAGAACGAAUGGCCUGCGAGAGAGGUACCAAGGAAAUGUUGUCCUCUCCUGAAUCUAGAUUUUUUAAACAGAGCUUCAAUACUGAUUCAGCUUCUCUAGCUCUGUAAGAAUGAUGCCAGCAUUUACCAUUUUAUCAAGUAAGCGGAGAUGAAUCAUCCUUGCAUGCAGUUCCUAUAUUUAAAUAUCAUGCUGUAAACUUUUUGUGUAGAAGAACAAGAUGCCAUUUGAACCAUUGAGGCUGCUGCCCCCAGUAUCCAAUUAUUAUGUUAAUAUAUUAUGGACUCCAUCCUAAACAGCCAUUUCCUGCUGACCUCUCAAUAAGUAACACACAAUUCCUCUUCACUGUCUCCCCUGAAAUGUAUCAAGCAAUGCUUGUAUCUUUCUAACCUACAAACACCCUCCUCCUUGACAGAAACCUCAAUGGUGAACUCUGAGUCAAAACUUGAAUGUUCUUCAUUCAGGAGUCCCUACCAAUUGAGCGGUAUCCUGGAGGGGGAAAAAAUGCUUUCUCUGAUCUCAUAUUGAGUAUAGAAUCCCUACAAUGUGAGUGCAGGCCAUUCUUCCCACUGAGUCCACACCAACCCAGACCCACCCCCUACCCUAUAUUUCUCGCCCUAGACACUGGGCAAUUUAUACAGCCAAUCCACCUAACCUGCAUAUCUUUGAACUGUGGGAGGAAACCCACGUAGGUACGGGAAGAAUGUGCAAUCUCCACGCAGACAGUCGCCGGAGGCUGGGAUCAAACAGGGUCUGUGGCGCUGUGAGGCAGCAGUGCUAACCACAGCCACAGUGCUGCUCCACCACUUUUUUUGAGCUUUGUGAAGCUUACAAUUGAGUCCUCAUAUUUUAUACUUGCUUUCAACAAAGGUAUCUCUCUCCCAAACCAGAAGAGCUGAGAAACUUCAGUUUGCACCCCAAGCUAGGAAACUUCAGAGCCAGGCAAUGAGACUUCAUUCUCCAACUUUACAGUGCCAAUAGAAAUGGAUUUUUAAAUCCAUCAUUUUGUGUCAUUGGCACCUGAGGUCAAUAAAUUUUAAAGAAUGUUUGGAAAAUUAUUCCUAAAAUCUCUAUUUGAAUGUUUCCUUUGUCAGUGAAUUUGUUUUGAACAGAAGAGUUUUAUUUAGCAUAAAUGUUGGUAGCAUCCAGGGAUGGUGUUCUAUCAUUCACUCUAGCUUAACUGCCAAUUGAGAAGGCCAGAAAUGUCUUCCUUUCACCCUCGCCCUUUGCUUUGGACAGAGUAUUGAAGCAAUGUAGUCAAGAUAAGUGCCUGUUAUGAUGAGGGCUGGGAUCAGCACAAUUUUACUAGAUAGAUUUUGAAAUGUAAGCUGUAAUGAUCAGAGUCCUCCUUGGAGACUGCCAUUCAGAAUGGUAGCGCAGGAAUAAUGAGUCAUUGGGAUAACUACUUGCGUGGUGCUAAUGUGACUAGUAAUCCACAGGCCCAGCCUAAUGAUUGGGGACAAGGGUUCAAAACUCCGCACAGCAGCUGAUGGGGUUUGAAUUCAAUAAGUAAAUAUAAAGGUAGUCUUGGUUAGAAUUAGAUACAUGAAUAGGAAAGAUAUGGAGGGAUAGGGCCAAACUCAUGCAGGUGGAACUAGUUUCCUUUGGGAUUAUGGUCGGCAUGGACUGGUUGGACCUAUGACUCUGACCCUGAUAACUAUCAUCAUCUCUUGCAAAAUCUCAUCUGGUUCACUGAUGUCAUUUCAGGGAGAGAAACUGCCAUCCUUGCCCCUAUAUAUGACUCCUGAUCUACAGGAAUGUGAUGAACUCUUAACUGCUUUCUGCCUAGUAGGUCACUCAGUUCAAGGGCAAUCAGGGAUGGGUAAGAAAUACUGGAAUUGCCAGCAAAGCUCUUUUCUCAAGAAAACAUUUAUUUUAAAUCAUCAUCUUUUACCUUCAUUUUUCAACUAACAAGACUUUUUCAUUGUGCAUCAUUCAAGAAAAUUUGUAUUUAUAAAUAUUUUUGAUCAACCUGUUCAGAUUUGUUAUAACACAUCUCUGGACCAAGUGGGACUUGCACCCAGGUCUCCUGGCCAUGAGAGAGUGACACUACCAUUGCACCACCUGAUGUCUAUUUAUAUACUGGUAUUUAUGUUUUGAUGUAUUUAUUGCAAUUAUAUAGUGUAAUUUGUGCUUUGUGUUGUUUCUACGCCCUGGAGAAAAUGAUAUCUUCCACUUUAAGUGACCAUGAAGAAAGAGUUUCAGCUGGGAGUGUCUUGGGUAGGAUAUUUCAUUCAUAAAUUGCCCAUUGUCAAUGUAAUAAAAGAACUUGUGAAGUUAUUUUGUGUUAGAA